AUGGAGAUCACAUCCAAUAAAAGGAAACGAGUUGUGGCCGCACCACCAACUAAUAAGAGUUCAAGUGAGAGCAGCGUACAGAUCAUUAGUCAAAGAGCAUUUGAAGCUGCCGUUUACAAACUAUCGAAGAGUUUCGAAGUUGUUGCUUCUCCAACAUGUGUCAUUGCUUCACCACAAACAUAUUCUGAUCAAUUUGGUAGCAGCAUAAAGGUUAUAAGUCGUGAAGCAUUUGAAGCCUCUGUUUCCAAACGCUCAAAAACAGAACAAUCUCCUGAUGGUUCUGUAUGGAUUCAUUGUCACUCUCUUGGCGAAGGUGCUCAUGGUUUUGUUUACUUAGCCAAGCAAAACACCGAUGUAGAAACUGAUGGUUUGCCGUUAAAGAUGGCAAUCAAAUGCUCAUCCAUUACAUUUUCAUCAAGCCUUAUUGAUGAGGAACAAAUACUCACAAGGCUUUCUUCUCCAUAUGUUAUUUCAUGCUAUGGUAGCAAAAUAACGAUGUCAAAAACUCGACCAAACGGAAGCGACUAUAAUUUGAUUCUUGAAUACUGUUCUGGAGGAAGAAUUGCAGACUUUCUUAAAUUUCGAGGAAAGGGGAUGGUGGAAAAUGAUGUUCAGCUAUUUUCUACAGAUAUCCUCAAAGGUAUCAGCUAUAUACACUCAAUGAAGAUUAUCCACUGUGAUAUUAAACCAGGUAAUAUUUUACUUAAACCUCAAGUAACCCGUUCUAUGUCUAAUGGUUUUGAACCAAAGAUUGCCGAUUUUGGGUUAGCGUUAAGAAAAACUUCAGAUGAGUAUGGAGAUGGUAGUGGUCAUAAAAGAGGAACAUUAUUGUACAUGUCUCCUGAAGUUUUAAGAGAAGGUCUUUUGGAUUAUGCUGCUGAUAUCUGGUCAUUUGGAUGCACUGUGUUAGAGAUGUUAACUGGGAAGAAGCCUUGGAGUGAAUUCCAGGUAUUAGACAGAAAGAAACUCGAAGAUGUCAUCGCCCAUAGCUCUUUCAAGCCGUGCAUACCUUCAUGGUUAUUUGAUGAUGCAAAGGAUUUUCUAAACAAAUGUUUGGAGAUAGAUCCCUUGCAAAGGUUUGACUCUACAGCUUUGUUGAAACACAAGUUUCUGUCGUCAUGCAAUGUUGAUGAUAAUGUUGUCAAAAAAGGCUGA